AUGGGGUUCUGGGAAGAUUUUAAGAGAAAAUUUGCUCUAUGGAAGCAUACCCAAGACGCUACGCCUGUAGAGGGUGAAACCUAUCAGGAUCCUCCAAAGGUGUCGGAGUUGCCUAAUAUGCCUGACAGCUCAGGUAAUCUGAUUGCAGUUUCUUCGGGUAACAGGGAAAUUUCCCCAGUUUUAAGUGCCAAAUACGGUAUUAACAUCCCUGAGAAACAUAAUGAGAUUGACGACAAAAUCUAA